AUGGCGCCGACCAAGCAGACAAACGACAAAUACUCGGUCCUCCUCCCCACAUACAACGAGCGCCGCAACCUGCCCAUAAUAGCAUGGCUGCUGAACAAGACGUUCACCGAGAACAACCUUGACUGGGAACUCAUCAUCGUGGACGACGGCUCUCCAGACGGAACGCAAGAAAUCGCCGCGCAGCUGCAGAAAGUGUACACACCAGCACGCAUCCAGAUCCGGGCGCGCGCAGGCAAGCUGGGCCUGGGCACCGCGUACGUCCACGGGCUGCAGUACGCCACGGGUAACUUUGUCAUCAUCAUGGACGCCGACUUCAGCCAUCACCCCAAGUUCAUCCCGGAGAUGAUCCGCCUGCAACAGACCAAGAACUACGACAUUGUCACCGGCACGCGGUAUGCAGGCGACGGCGGCGUGUUCGGCUGGGACCUGAAGCGGAAGUUUGUCUCGCGCGGCGCCAAUCUCUUCGCCGACACGGUGCUCAGGCCGGGCGUCAGCGACUUGACGGGCAGCUUCCGGUUGUACAAAAAGGAGGUGCUGCAGAAGGUCAUCCGGAGCACGGAGAGCAAAGGCUACACGUUCCAGAUGGAGAUGAUGGUGCGCGCAAAGGCCAUGGGCUGCACGGUGGCCGAGGUGCCCAUCUCGUUUGUCGACCGUCUGUACGGCGAGAGCAAGCUUGGCGGAGACGAGAUUGUCGAGUACGCAAAGGGCGUGCUGAACCUGUGGCUGAAGGUUUGA